CGGAGCUGAUAUGAAUGCGAAUUUACAUACGCCGAAUCGCGAUUGUCCGGGCCAACUAAAAGUAAACAAAUAAUAAUCGCCCAGCACCAGCGGCAGAAACCGGUCUUUCAGUGAGAUAGAGACACAGGCUGAGUCAGACGCUUCGGAUUCUGGGAGAUUAGUGUGCAAGUCGAGGAUUCAGAAUGUCCGGAUUGUGCAUUGGAUUGGUCCUGCUAAUAGGAUUUGGCUACGCUAAUGCCUACAAGAUUCCCACACCCACAGUGGAGCUGUUGGAAAAUGGUUUUAGCGUUUCUAUUCCAGAUGAGGAAGGCGUGAGAGUGGUGGCAUUUAAUGUGAAUCGCAACCGGAAUUUCACUUCCUUUAUUACCGAGGGACAGUACAAUGUGCGCUUAACAAAAGCCGAGAAUGGCAAAUGGACAAAUAACUUCACUUCAGUGCCUUUAAGGGCCCAAGAUGUUCUAUACCUUUGGACGACUGUCCAGCACCAGAAGGCUGUUUACCAGGAUCUUGCCCAACCCUUGACAGUGUGCAAUUUAGGUGGAAACUACCGCCCGAGAGGCUGCUCCCCAAAUGACGAGGAUAUUGCAGACAACAACCAACUGAAUAUCGAAGGAGGCAAUACGGAGUCUUCAGAUCCCUCCGUCUGCGUUCCCUCUGAGAGUCAGGUUUCGCCACAAAUAGUCGCUCCCUUGUGUAAGGGUCAACUCAUCUUCGACGAGAACUUCGAUCAGCUAAAUGAUUCCCUGUGGAUCCACGAGGUUCGCUUGCCCCUGGAUUCAAAGGAUGCAGAGUUCGUCUUGUAUGAUGGGAACGCCAAAGCUCAAGAGGGCAACCUUGAGAUUGAGCCAAUACUGUGGUCCAGUUAUCGCCCGGACCUGUCCAUAUCCAAUUCCCGGCUCGAUCUCUCGGAACGCUGUACGGGAACCCACAACCGACACAAGGAGUGUGUUCUACACUCGACGGGAAGUGGGCCCAGUGGCAUUAUGCCGCCAAUUGUGGCACCCCGUGUGAGCACCAAGGAAACAUUUGCCUUCCAAUACGGACGGAUUGAGAUUCGGGCCAAGCUGCCGAAGGGGGAUUGGAUAGUGCCCCUCCUGCUGCUGGAACCCCUCACUGAGUGGUACGGACAAUCGGGCUACGAGUCCGGACAGCUGCGAGUGGCCCUGGCCAGAGGCAACUCCGUGCUAAGGAUGCCCCGCGGAAAGCUCGUGGAUGGAAGAUCCCUGUACGGCGGACCCGUACUCUCCACGGAUGCCCAUCAGCGGGAGGACUUGUGGCUGAGCAAGCGAAAGAUCUCCCACUUUGGCGAUGACUUUCACACCUACAGCUUGGACUGGAGCAGCAACAGACUCCAGUUCUCGGUGGAUGGACAGGUCUAUGGGGAGUUGCUGAACGGCUUUACGGAGUUGGACGAGAAUCCCAGGUGGAAACAGGGCGGUCUGAUGGCCCCAUUCGACAGGAUGUUCUACAUAUCUUUGGGUCUAUCUGUGGGGGGCUUUGGCGACUUCGUGGACAAUCUGCGCACCGCCUCAUAUGAAAAGCCCUGGAGAAACUACCAUCCCCAGGCGAAACUUCAGUUCCACCAGGCCCAAGAGCAGUGGCUGCCUACUUGGAAGCAGCCCUCUCUAAAGAUCGAUUACAUACGUGUAUUUGCAAACUGAUAAUCCGUAUAAUUGUACAUGGUAAAAUAUAAUUACAUACAAGUGUAGAAGCCAGGCGGAAUCUUAUCUCGAAUAAAGCUCGCAGAGGAAUUCAGAAAACUCA